AUGGGAUCUAAUCAAGGGAAGCAGCUAGAUAGUCCAAUAGAAUUAAGUUCUUUUCGCCCGGGAAGUAUUCCCUUUGAUACAUCCCUCAAUACUUUUAUCCGGGUCUAUGCAGCACUUACGGGGACAAAAUUUAUGUGCCAGGAAGGAGGAUGUGGAUGCUGUACUGUUUUAUUAAGACGUAGACAUCCAAUAACUGGUAAAGAAUGGAUUGGAUCUGUAAAUUCUUGCCUGGUGUCCGUGUUCUCGUGUCAUGAACACGAAAUAUUCACUGUAGAGGGAGUGGGAGAACGCACCAGUGGAUACCAUGUGGUGCAGUCUCGUCUGGCCAGAAUGAAUGGUACCCAAUGCGGUUACUGUUCCCCCGGAAUGGUCAUGAGCAUGCUUGGUCUAUUGGAAGGACAAAAAGAAAUUGUCACAAUGUCGGAUGUAGAAAAGGAAUUGGCGGGAAAUAUAUGCCGGUGUACUGGAUAUCGACCUAUUUUGGAUGCUUUCAAAUCUCUAGCCAAUGAUGCAGAUCCUUCUUUGACUGCAGCCUGUCCAGAUAUUGAGGAUCUACCGAAGAAAUGUAUAUUUGCUGGAGAACUUUAUGAAAAACCUGAAAAUAAUUUUGUACACUUCCAACUAAAUAACUGUCGCGAGUGGUUGCGUGUAAGCAACUUAAAAGAUCUCUUAAAGAUACUCGAAAAGAUUAACCAUCGCCCAUACAUGCUCGUAGGAGGAAAUACUGGUCAUGGUGUCUAUCGUAGAAGAGAAGAUUUAGAAAUAUUCAUUGACGUCAACAAUGUUAAAGAGAUGAAAGUGACAAUCCUGGGAAAUGUUUUAGAAGUGGGAGCUGCUGUUACCCUUUCAGAAUUCAUAGAUUUUCUCAAGCAUGCAUCAGACGUAAAGAAAGAAUUUUCAUAUUGUCGUCAACUUGUGAAGCAUCUGGAGUUGGUGGCUCAUCCGGCAGUGAGGAAUACAGGAACAAUUGGAGGAAAUUUGAUACUGAAGCACCAACAUCCGGAAUUUAUUUCAGAUGUAUUCUUACUGUUUCAAACUAUUGGGGCAUUUCUUACAAUUGUUGAUAAUAAUGGGAUUCAACAUGUGGCAACGAUUGAGGAAUUCAUGUAUAAGUCAAUGCGAAGUAAGGUCCUGGUAAAAGUAACUCUUCCUCCCUUGAAUCCGGAAAAAUAUUCUUUGGUCACUUACAAGAUCAUGCCUCGAGCUCAGAAUUCUCAUGCAAUCAUAAAUGCAGGAUUUCUCUUUAGAUUUAGCUCCGAAAGGAAAGUUCUCUUGCAGGCGAGAAUUUGUUUCGGUGGGAUCAGUUCGAGAUUUGUCCGCGCGAUUAAUACUGAAAAGGUUCUUGCUUUUAAGAAUCUUUUUAACGACGAGACAAUCUCACUUACUAUGGCUUCCCUUAAUGAUGAACUGAAGCUUGAUUGGAUGCUUCCAGAUGCCUCUCCGAAGUAUCGAAAACUCCUCGCCAUGAGUCUUCUGUAUAAGGCUAUCAUCAGUUUGGCACCCUCAGAUUUAAUCAAAGAUUGUCUUCGAAGUGGAGGUGAAGAGAUCUACAGACCACUUUCAUCAGGAAUACAAAAAGUUACAGCACCUGAAAACUCAUUACCAAAAAUUGAUGGACUGAUUCAAUGUAGUGGUGAAGCCAAGUAUAUCAAUGAUCUACCUUGUAUGCCUAACGAAGUAUGGGGAGCGUUUGUGCCUGCCACUGAGGUCUCUGCUAAAAUACUAAGUAUCGAUCCUACUGAAGCUCUUCAAAUACCUGGAGUUGUAGCUUUCUUCUGUGCAAAAGACAUUCCAGGAGUGAACUCUUAUAUGACCGAAGUUUUAAUUGAACCGCUUGAGAUUGUUGAGCCAGAAGAAGUUUUCUGCAGUAGUAAAGUUCUGUACCAUAGUCAACCUGUAGGCAUCAUUUUAGCAGAUACGCUGGAUUUGGCCCAUAAGGCAGCAAGAGCAGUCCGCAUUAAUUACACACGACCGACUCAGAGAAAGCUCUUCUUAUCUGUUGAGGAUGUUUUGGAAUCUGGGAAUGAAGAUAGGAUUUUUGAAUUUGAAACUCGUCUUGAAGCUCAAACACGAGGAAAUGAAACUUCAGCCACAAUCUCAGGAAAAUUUAAUUUUUCCAAUCAGUAUCAUUUCCAUCUUGAACCACAAACGACCAUUUGUAUUCCAACUGAAUCUGGCCUAGAGGUUCAUUGUGCCACACAUUUUCUACAUUUUGUUCAGAUGGGAAUCUCACAAGUUCUGAAUAUUCCUCAAAAUUCCAUUGAUAUGAAACUUGAACGAGUUGGAGGAAGUUUUGGAGGGAAGAAUUCUAAAUCAACUCAUGUAGCUUGUGCGGCUGCUCUAGCCUGUUGGCGUCUUCAACGUCCAGUGAGAUUUGUCAUGUCCAUAGAAGAGAACAUGAUGGUAAUUGGGAAAAGAUUUCCCUCUACAUGCCAUUACGAGGUUGAAACUGAUAGUUUGGGUUUGAUUCAAAAAAUGAGAAAUAUUCAAUAUAUAAAUAUGGGUUCAUCUAUGAACGAAGUCUCAAAUAGAUCUACUAUAAUUGAAUACUUUACUAGUCUUUACAAUUCUUCAACAUGGUCAAUGGAUUUCAGAGGUGUGCACACAGAUGUUCAUCCUCAUACUUGGUUUAGGGGUCCGGAUCGUCUUGAAGCACAUGCCAUGGCAGAAAAUAUAAUGGAACAUAUAUCAAAGGAGUUACAAAUUGAUCCACUUAUCAUUAGACUGAUCAAUAUGCGUGAAGAUUCUCCAAUGAAAGAUAUCCUUCCGGAAUUUUUGGAACAAUGUGACUUUCAGGAACGUCGACAACAUAUUUCUAUGUUCAAUAAAAAUAAUCGUUGGAGAAAGCGAGGAAUUGCCUUCGUUCCUGUGGGUUAUCCCAUUCGAACAACUUAUCGCUACGCAGUUCUUGUUGCGGUUUACGCGAUUGAUGGAAGCGUGAGCGUAUGCCAUGGUGGCAUUGAAAUGGGUCAGGGUAUUGACACGAAAAUUCUUCAGAUCGUCUCAUGUACUCUUGGAAUUCCAAUUAAUAUGGUUAAAAUAAAAGCAGCCAAUACUAGUGUUAACGCCAAUGUCACAACUACUGGAGGAUCACAAUCCAACGACUCUCUCGGAAGACUUGUAAUUGAAGCAUGCAGAAUAAUAUUGGAACGCAUAAGGGUAAUUCGUGAAGAGAAACCCGAAGCGUCUUGGACAGAAAUUAUAAAGGUUGCGUAUGAACGAAACAUAUCACUGGUAUCUUUCGUAACAGAUAUGGAAAAAGAUAGAAUAACGUAUCAUGCUUGGGGAGCAGCUUGUGCAGAAGUUGAAAUUGAUGUACUUACCGGAGAUUUUCUUUUGAGACGAGUUGACAUUCAUGAAGAUGUUGGCGAAAGUCUAAAUCCGGCCAUUGAUAUAGGGCAAAUAGAAGGAGCCUUUGUAAUGGGUCUAGGCUAUUGGUUACAGGAGAAAAUCAUCCAUCAUCCAGAUACUGGAGAGAUCUUAACUAAUCGAACUUGGAAUUAUAAGCCUCCUGUAGCAACAGAUAUUCCUGUGGACUUCCGGGUGACUUUUAUGAAGAAACAGAAUCUUCCAGCAGGACUAUUGGGAGCAAAAGGGGUUGGAGAACCUGCAAUAUGCAUGUCCAUUGUGGCAAUAUUUGCACUAAGGAAUGCUAUUGAAUCUUCUAGAGAUGAUGCUGGUUUAGGAAAUUGCUUUGUAAUGAUGAAUGCACCUACAACCAAAGAGGAUAUUCUUCUAUUGUCUGGAACACAACCCUCUCAAAAACAACAUCCUUUAUCAGGAAAGGAAUGGGUAGGGGCUGUGAACUCUUGCCUAGUGUCUAUAUUUUCUUGUCAUGAAUUUGAGGUAGUGACUAUAGAGGGUGUAGGAGAUCGUAUAAGUGGAUACCAUACAGUGCAGUCUCGUCUGGCUAGAAUGAAUGGCACCCAAUGUGGUUACUGUUCACCAGGAAUGGUCAUGAGUACUCUUGGAUUGUUCGAGGGACGACGAGGAUAUCUUACAAUGGCAGAAAUAGAAACUCAAUUGGCAGGAAAUAUUUGUAGGUGUACUGGAUAUCGACCUAUCUUGGAUGCUUUCAAGUCACUAGCAGAUGAUGCAGAUCCUUCUUUAACGGCAACUUGCCCUGAUAUUGAGGAUCUACCGAUGAGGUGUGUUUUUGCUAGAGAAACCUAUGGAGUAAUGCAAUAUGAUUUUGUGCGCUUUCUACUAAAUAACUCUCGAGAGUGGUUUCGUGUUAGCAACUUAAAAGAUCUUUUGAAAAUUCUCGAAAAGACUAACCAUCGCCCAUACAUGCUCGUAGGAGGAAAUACUGGUCAUGGUGUCUAUCGUCGAAGAGAAGAUUUAGAGAUAUUCAUAGACGUGAGUGGCGUCGAAGAAAUGAGAAUAAAAAUGCUUGGAGAUACUCUAGAAGUGGGUGCUGCUGUAACUCUCUCAGAAUUCAUAGAUUUCCUCAAGGAAGCGUCAAAAGUUAAAAAGGAAUUUUCCUACUGUGAAAAACUUGUGCAGCAUUUGGAAUUAGUAGCUCAUACAGCUGUAAGAAAUGUGGGAACAAUUGGUGGAAAUUUGAGUUUGAAGCACCAGCAUCCAGAAUUCCCAUCAGAUGUCUUUUUACUUCUUGAAACUGUUGGUGCAUUUUUGACCAUAAUCGAUAGUAAUGGGGUCCAGAGGGUGGCUUGUGUUGAAGACUUUAUGUAUAAAUCAAUGAGAUAUCGAGUACUCGUAAAAGUUACUCUUCCACCUUUGCAUCCAGAUAAAUUUUCACUAGUAACUUACAAAAUUAUGCCACGUGCUCAAAAUGCCCACGCAAUGAUAAAUGCUGGAUUCUUGUUCAAGUUCAGUGCCGAAAGGAAGAUCGUUUUGCAAGCGAGAGUUUGCUUCGGAGGGAUAAAUUCGAGAUUUGUUCAUGCCACAAAUACAGAAAACUUUCUCGCAUCUAAGGAUCUUUUUACCAAUGAGACCAUAUCUCUUUUAAUGGCAUCUUUAAACGACGAGCUCAGGCUUGACUGGAUACUUCCAGAUACUUCUCCAAAGUACCGCAAACUACUAUCCAUGAGUCUUUUGUACAAGGCAAUAAUCUCAUUGGCACCCCCGGAAAAAAUCCGGGAAUGCUUCAAGAGUGGUGGUGAGGAAAUUACUCGAGGAUUAUCACGAGGAAAGCAAAAAGUAACAGCUCCAGAAAACAGUAUGUCCAAGAUUGAAGGACUAAUUCAGUGCAGUGGUGAAGCAAAGUACAUUAAUGAUCUACCUUACAUGCUUAAUGAAGUUUGGGGAGCUUUUGUAACUGCGACAGAAGUGUCUUCAUUAAUUGUGAAUAUUGAUGCUUCAGAUGCCUUAAAAAUUCCCGGAGUUGUAGCAUUUUACAGUGCUAAAGACAUACCUGGAAAAAAUUCCUACAUGGUCAAAGUGACUUUGGGACCACUUUUGGUUCGAGAAGAUGAAGAAGUUUUCUGCAGUGGAAAGGUGCUGUAUCACAGUCAACCUGUGGGAAUUAUUCUGGCAGAGAGUAUGGAUCUGGCUAAGAUAGCUGCAAAAGCUGUCCGCAUCACUUAUACUAGUCCGACUCAGAAGAAGCUUCUGUUAACAGUGGAUGAUGCUUUAGAAGCGAGUGCUACAGAUCGCUUUAUCAACUUUGGAACUCUGUUAGAAGCCGAAAGUUGUGGCAGUCACACAGCAUCUACAAUUUCGGGUAGACUCCUUUUCAGUCCGCAGUAUCAUUUUUACAUGGAACCACAAACGACAGUUUGUGUACCGACCGAACAGGGAAUGACGGUACAUUGCAGUACACAUUUCUUGCACUUCGCUCAAAUGGCAAUCUCUCAGGUACUGAGCAUACCUCAGAAUUCCAUUAGUAUGAAAGUAGAGAGAGUGGGAGGAAGUUUUGGAGGGAAAAAUUCUAAAUCAACCCAUGUAGCUUGUGCAGCAGCUAUUGCAGCCUACCAUCUACAACGACCAGUAAGAUUUGUUUUAUCUAUUGAGGAAAACAUGAUGGUAAUCGGCAAGAGAUUUCCACACGAUAGUCGAUAUGAAGUCGAAAUAGAUAAUUGCGGAAAGAUCCAAAAAUUAACAAAUACCUGGUACGUCAAUUUGGGGGCAUCCAAAAACGAAAUCAUACCACUUUCGAUUUCAACAGAGAUUAUUGUUAUUUUUAAGAUUUCAAGGGGUGAAUUAUUCAUUCUAUUUCUUUUUUUUUUAUAUUUUAGAGGGAUUCUCACAGAUAUUCAUCCUCAUACUUGGUUCCGAGCUCCGGGUUCUCUCGAAGGAAAUGCCAUGGCGGAACACAUAAUGGAACAUAUCGCAAAGGAAUUGUCCCUUGAUCCACUUUCCGUUCGUAUGGCAAACAUGCGUCCUGAUUCUGUCAUGCGAAAUAUCCUUCCAGAAUUUUUGGAUCAAUGCAAAUUUCAAUCUCGCAAGGAACUAGUGGAUAUUUUCAAUGCAGCGAAUCGUUGGAAAAAACGCGGAAUAGCCUUUGUACCUAUGAGAUUUUUUGUAAGAACUGAAAAAGGAUUUGCUGUACUAGUGUCAGUAUAUGCAGUUGAUGGUAGCGUUAGGGUAUGCCAUGGCGGAGUUGAAAUGGGACAAGGGAUCAAUACAAAAAUAGCUCAAAUUGCAGCACGAGCACUUGGGAUUCCAGUUGAUACAGUAAAAAUUGAAGCCCCAAAUACUUUUGUAAAUGCCAAUGGAAUGACCACAGGAGGGUCCAAGACUACGGAUGCUGUGGGCAGGCUCGUUCUUGAUGCUUGCAAUACAAUUCUUGAACGAAUGAAAAAUGUUCGAGAAGAACAACCUGCCGCAACUUGGCCAGAACUUGUUAAAAUUGCCUAUGAGCGGGAUAUAUCGUUGGUGUCUUUCGUAUCGGACUUUAAUAGAGAUGACAUGGAGUACUCAGUAUGGGGAGCUGCUUGUGCAGAAGUGGAGGUUGAUAUGCUUACCGGAGAUUUUGUGUUACGACGUGUCGAUAUAACCGAGGAUGUUGGUGAAAGCCUGAAUCCAUCUAUUGAUAUUGGUCAGGUAGAAGGUGCAUUCAUAAUGGGUUUAGGUUACUGGCUUCAGGAGAAAAUCAUCUGGAAUCCUGACACUGGAGAGAUCCUCACCAAUAGAACUUGGAAUUACAAACCACCCGGAGCAAGAGAUAUUCCUGUAGAUUUUCGAGUGACUUUCAUGAAAAAACAGAAUCUACCGGCUGGCUUGAUUGGUGCUAAAGGGACAGGUGAACCAGCUAUUUGCAUGUCUGUUGUGGCUAUAUUUGCCUUAAGAAAUGCUAUUGAAUCAGCCAGAUCAGAUGCUGGACUACCACGAACUUUCAUCCAAAUGAACGCACCUACUACUAAAGAGGACAUCCUCCUUCUCUCUGGCACGCAUUUUAGUCAAUUUCAUUUAUGA